GUCGAACUACACAGUACCGGUUUGACCCCAGGCCAGAUCUUUCUCUCCACCCUGCAUCUUAGUACGCUGUAGGCUACGACUAUAUUUUCUGCAGCAUCUCCAUUGAAUAUUGCACAUAUAUCACAAAAAUGCCUCCUACUCGUCGUCGCGGCGGCCAGGCCACGGCCACCCGCUCUAACCAGGCCACCCUCUCAUUCGGAUCCAAGUCCAGGGUUACCAAGCCAUCGGCGACGCCGACGCAAACGAAGAAGACCAAAGACCUUGAACCAGUCAUCGCUUCAAUUUCUGAGAAGACUCCAGAGCCUGAACAAGUGGCGGUGCCACCCACUGAGCCUUCGCAGCCGCAUGUGGCGGAGCUUGCCGUGAGGCAACAAGCCCAAGCGGAGAUUGAACAGCCCUUGUCGAAAGAAGACGAAAAGGCGAUCAAGAUCACUGAGAAGGACCUACAGCAAUACUGGAGGAAAGAGGAAGAGAAGAGAAAGGCGCCUCGGUUUCACCAGCAAGACCUCACACUACAUGAAAAGAUCCUGCGACAUUUCGAUCUUUCUAGUCAAUUUGGGCCUUGCAUUGGAAUUGCUCGGUUGAAGCGAUGGAGACGCGCAAAUUCUUUGAACCUCAGCCCCCCAAUUGAGGUCUUGGCCGUGCUACUCAAACACAAGGAUGAUGUGAAACAGAGGGCAUACGUCGAUGAGCUUCUGUCCUGAGCCACUAUCCUAUUGCACAGAUAACUUUUAUCUGGAAUGGAUGAGUGUCAAAGAUAUAUGGCGUCUGGUUUAGUAUCCGGGGUAGGGCGUUCGGAAAGCAUUGUAUAUACAUACCCUCGAUUGCGGUAACUUGAAUGUUCACCUUCAAUGUUGUGAGACCCAAGUUUAUAAAUGGAUUUGUUCUUUCACCUCUUA